AUGGCGGCGGUGCUGCUCGUGGUGCUGGCGGCCGCGCUGCUGGGCGUCGACGGCGCCUCGGGGGCCGCGGGCUUCGUGCUGCCACCGCUGUCCCAGGAGCGGGGGCCGGGGGACCAUGUGGAGCUGCACUGCGAGGCUGUGGGCAGCCCCGUCCCUGAAAUACAGUGGUGGUUUGAAGGGGUUGCGCCUGACGCACCCUGCGCCCAGCUCUGGGACGGUGCCCGUCAGGACCGCAUCCACAUCCACGCCGCCUACCACCAGCAUGCGGCCAGCACCCUGUCCAUUGCCGGCCUCACCAUGGACGACGCUGGCACCUACGAGUGCAGGGCCAGCAACGACCCUGACCGCAACCACUUGACCCGGGCACCGCGUGUGCGCUGGGUCCGCGCCCAGGCCAGCGUGCUGGUCCGAGAACCUGGUGAGGUCUCGAUCUUCGUGGAGAAGAUGGACUCCAAGACAUUGCUGACGUGUACCCUGAACCACAGCACCACACCCAUCGAGGGCCACCGCUGGAUGCAGGGCGACAAGGUGCUCAUGGAGGAUCAGUUGUCCAGCCUGAGCACCCAGUUUGAAGUGGACUCAGAGGACAGCGGCAAGUACGACUGCAUCUUCCUCCCAGAGGACGUGGGCAGGGCCAGCAUCUCCGUGGAGGGCCUCCCCAAAGUCUUUGCUGUGAAGAAGUCAGAACAUGCCAACGAGGGCGAGACAGUCACCCUCAAGUGCAAGUCCAACUCCUUCCCACCCAUCACCAGCUGGGUCUGGUUCAAGAAGACUGACGCAGAGGAACAGCUCAUCACCAACAGCUCCCAGAACAAGUUUCUGGUGACCUCCGCGGACAUGCGGACCGAGCUGCACAUCAGCAGCCUGGACCUGGAGAAGGACCCAGGCGUGUACGUGUGCAACGGGACCAGCUCCUCAGGCACCGACCAGGCCUCUAUCACCCUGCGUGUGCGCAGCCGCCUGGCCGCACUCUGGCCGUUCCUGGGCAUCGUGGCUGAGGUCCUCGUGCUGGUCACCAUCAUCUUCAUCUACGAAAAGCGGCGGAAGCCGGAGGAGGUGUUGGAUGAUGAAGACAUGGGCUCUACACCACUAAAAAGUGGGAGUCACCAUGUCAACGACAAGGAGAAGAAUGUCCGCCAGAGAAAUGCCAACUGA